AAGCGAUGGUCAAUCAGGACACGGACAACUUUCUCUGUGCCCAGUCUGCUGCUACAUAUCUCAGUCACCAGUCAAGCAACCCCACAGGCCCCCACCCCGCAUCGCAUCGCAUCGCGUGUGACACCUCCGGUCAGUCAUCGGAGAUUCACGAUCAUCUCAUGCGAAGACCGGAGCCUCUAACAAGUUCACGCCAACGGACGCAGACACCAGGGAAUUUUUAUUGAAACUUCAAAGUCUGCCAUCGCAAUGGAGGCGCGCUGUCAAUGCAGCGCUGUGCGCUUCACCACACCCCUUCCACAGCCGUUGGCGCUCUACAUCUGUCACUGCUCGAGCUGUCGUCGGCAGACGAGCAGUGCAUUCGGGGCGUCGGCCAUCUUCCCCCGAUUCAAGCUGCCAGACGUUGAGCUGCUCAGCUGCUACGCGAGACCUGUCGCCUCAGGGCACACGUUGUACUGCUACUUUUGUCGCAAUUGCGGGACUCGUCUCUUCCACACCACUCCGACCAAGAACGUCGUUUCCAUCAAAGGCGGCUGCAUCUCCGGCCUGGACUGGUCGAAAGCAAUCCACAUCUGGACGAACCAGGCCAUGGUGCCCAUCCCCGAGGACGCAGAGUCGUACCCAGAGGAGGCGCCCCCCUCGGACCUCUCCUCGCGGCAGUCGUCGUCGUCGUCGGCUGGCUCGUGGAACGGCAACGGCAACACAAUCGACAUGCUGGACCAGCCUGGGCUUCUGACAGGGAGCGGCGACUGUGACGUGACGGCCCAGACGGCGGACGCGCUCGGGACGGUGGAGGACUGGAAAGCCGUGCACGGCAGAGAGGGCAUCCGGGGCGGCUGUGAGCUAAGCGGUUGAGAGCCUCAGGUAAAGCAGU